GGGGCAUGCCACCUUCAGAUGGGCUUUGAGGAAAUGUGGGGCUUUAACAGACAAACAAUAGCGCUCCUGCAAGUCGCAUUACCUCAAGUCAUUUUUAUUGCGUUUUAGAAAACAGACGAAGUAACAAGGGCUUCUUAACCGAGUUACUUUACGCUCCUGAAGGCAAGAAAGCAGCAGGAAAGUAUAACCAAAUCUACCGACUCUCAAGCGAAUAAUUUCCAGGUCUGUAGUAUUAGCUGACGGGCCGUGUAAACGCGGCUUGUAAAAGGAUCCCACCGUGGUUUGUCGUAGUGUAUAGAGAGGAGCCUACUUGGCUCUCCAGGCUCCUCAGCCAUGGCUCUGCUGGCCAACCUGAAGAGCCUUUUCAUCCUGCAGUUGCUGAUGGGCUUUGUGUUUGUUGUGAGCGGCCUCAUCAUAAACUUCAUACAGCUCUGCACCUGCAUCCUCUGGCCAAUCAACAAGCAGCUCUAUCGCACAAUCAACUGCCGGCUCGCCUACUCGCUCUGGAGUCAGCUGGUGAUGCUGCUAGAGUGGUGGUCGGGCACAGAAUGCACGCUAUACACCGACCAAGCUACGGUGGACAAGUUUGGCAAAGAGCAUGUCAUCACCAUCCUCAACCACAACUAUGAGAUCGACUUCCUGUGUGGCUGGACCAUGUGUGAAAGAUAUGGCAUCCUGGGGAGUUCCAAAGUGCUAGCCAAACACGAGCUACUGAAGGUUCCUCUGAUUGGCUGGACCUGGUACUUUUUAGAAAUAGUCUUCUGCAAAAGAAAGUGGGAGGAGGACCGAAAUACCGUCUUCAAAGGACUGAGCAGGCUAAAAGACUACCCUGAAUAUAUGUGGUUUCUGCUGUAUUGCGAGGGUACCCGCUUUACAGAGACCAAGCACCAAAUCAGUAUGCAGGUUGCAGAGAGUAAAGGCCUGCCCAAGCUCAAAUACCACCUACUGCCCCGAACCAAAGGAUUCACCACCACACUGCAGUGUCUUAAGGGCACAGUAUCUGCUGUGUAUGAUGUGACGCUCAACUUUAAAGACAACCAGACUCCCACUCUCCUGGGCAUCGUCAGCGGCAAGAAAUAUAAGGCUGACUUGAGUGUUAGGCGGUUUCCUGUGGAGGAUAUACCAGAGGAUGAGAAGGAGUGUGCCAUCUGGCUGCACAAGCUCUACCAGGAGAAGGAUGCUUUGCAGGAAACCUACAAAAAGGAAGGCAAGUUCCCCGGACCCACAAUAAUCCCACCACGCAGGCCAUGGACGCUGCUGAACUUCUUGUUUUGGGCCACCGUGCUGCUUUCACCCCUCAUCAACUUUGCUUAUGGAGUGGCCGUCAGUGGCUCCCCCCUCCUCAUCAUUGGCUUUAUCAUCUUCCUCAUCAUAGCCUCGAUAGCUAUCCGCCGCCUCAUAGGAGUCACCGAGGUGAAGAAAACAGGCUCCAGUUACGGCAACCCGGGGGUCAAGAAAGAAAACUAAAGUGUCACCCCCUUUCGUGUACGGCCAUUUCUGUACGGUCACCCUGCGGUCUCUCACCCCUACCCAACUCCAUUCUCCUCCUACUGUUGAGUCAGUUGGGAGGCUGGGGAGGAGACCAGAGUUAGAAAUACCAAUGGCACUAGAGGGAGAGGGAGAGAGAAAGCAUGGACGGUCUGGGCAUCAAGCUCUCUGGUGUAACACAGAACACAAGGAGGGGGAGAUGCAGCAUUAUAUUCCCCUUGUUUCUUUCUUAAUUAAAAGUCCUGUUAGUUUUUGGUAAAAGCCAAGGUUAAGCUCCUAACCUGUCUGAGGUCACAUGGACAGCCAGUCAGCCGAUUUCCUGUUCUCCACUUCCUGUCAGAGUCACCAGCCAAUCAGGGAGUGGCUUAUUCUCUUAGCCCACAGAACACAAGCCGAUCCGUAUCCGAUCUUUUAAUCUUAACCAUCCAGGGCCUGUGCGUUUGUGCAACAGCAAUCUGUAACAUGCAUAACUCCCUUUUUUUCCACUUAGUGGGACUUGUAUUUGGAACUUGUGUUUGAGGCCCCGCCUGAGCUCCUUAAUCUUAAAGGGUCAGUUCACCAAAAUAGCAAAAACAUUUACUUUUUAACUUCUAGGUAUCCACCAUGCGGAUAGUGUGCGUUUUUAUGUGCCACUCCAAUACAAUGCAGGCGAGUGAAAUGUUGUCCAUUGAGUUAAAAUCAUUGCUAAAGUACAUUUGAAAAACUAAACCGCAGUGUGUCUUUCCAGAAUAAAUGUCUCUGUUACUCUGGACAACUUCUCACAAUUUUCAUCAGUAACUAUAUGUCGAUUGUAAAAAACAAUAUUAAAUAAUCCAAGUAAUUUAAUACAUUGCUUCUGGAAAGGGACAUUGCGUUUGAGCUUUUCAAAUAUCAGUAUUUGAGCACCACCAAUGACAUUCACUUCACCUAUAUUGUAUUGGGUUAGCAGCAGAAGUCUCAGGGCAGAGAUCUCAAAAUACAAAUCCCACAUCAUCUCCAGCUAGACACCGCAGUUUUUAUAUCUUGUGAUGUGGCUCAUUAGCUUCUUUGCUUGGAGAGGCUGGUGUCUGCUGAACUGCAGAAAGGGCUCCUAUUGUGAAAACUGUUCUCAUCAAGGACACCUACCAUCUGUUACAGGUCUCGUUUGUAGCCUGCAGCACCCUCGGAUUCAUCCCGACACAUUUUGAUUAUUUUUCCAGUUUCUAUUCCUAUUUUCACUUGCUUAAUAGGAAUUUGCAUACAUGAUAUCAUUUCUGUUUAAAACCUCAUUGGACACUUUCAUACCCCCUAAAUGUGACGUUUAUUCAACCAGCAAACACUGAAGCAGUUCAACCCACCCACCCCCUGCUCUGAUGCCAGUGUUGACUGUUUAAAUGCAGUGCACACUGCUCUGUUCUGAAGAAGUGGAACCAGAUUCCAGAAAAAGGUCACCAACUGUCUUCAUGUGGCUUCGCAGCUGUUGACAUAAUUUGUCUGUCCAGAUUUAGACUGCAGUAGUAAUGUUUUAACCUUUGCCUUAAAUCAAGCUUGCUCAGGCAAGGGAUUGCUUAUUCGCCACCCCUUUAAAACAGCACUUAACGCUGCGUUCUGUUUGAAUAUUCAUCCUUUUCCUCCCAUUACAGGAGCAGUGUGCAUUCAUUUGGUUUAAUAUCCAAAGCGAAUCAGUAAUUGAGAAACACUUUCACAUUUUGGAAAGUUGUUGGUUUGUUAAAAGCAUCCUUGUACUUGUACAUAGUUUGUUAGUUAAAGAACACUACUUGCGCGCCGUGUGCAGGCAGCUUUGUGUCUCUGGAUGUCGUAGCCAUUGUUGGUUGUUUAUAAAUGCAACAAAUUCAACUUUGGCUGCUGCAGUACCUGAGUGGAUUUCCUCCCGUGUGAAAAGCCACAUUUCCUAAUCCAAAAUGCAAACAAUGGUAGCAAGAAAUGGAGAGGAUAUUUUGUGUCCUGCUCUCCCCCCCUCCUCUGCCACUUGUAGUGUUAAUCAUUUAUUUUGGUUUUAGUUUGUCACUCCUCAGCAGCAAUAUCUUGUGUUCUUCCUCUCUGUGUAGAGUUAUGUCAACCCAGACAGAUUUCAUGCAAGCCUUAAUAGACUGCUGCUUAAUUUUUUUGUGUGAACAUUUAGAAGCUAAUGAGCCCCUGUGGUAGUGAAGAAAAUGUCCUUCAGUAUAGCAAGCAAGUUGCUGGGAUUAGUUGCCAAGCAGCUCGUUUAACAUUAAGAAUUAAAAAGAAACAAGAAUGGAUAAAGUCUGCUCUUAUGCACAACGAGCUACGUUUGUAAUCAAGUCACAUUUUUUACAAGAAGACACUUUGAGUUGCUUUACCUCAAAUAUUAGUUUAAAGCUGGCCUGGUAUAUUUUUCCUCAAGAGGUCGAAGAAUGCCGUGCAACUCAUUCUGUCAUUCAGUAAAAGUCAUAUUCCAAAGCAGAAAGGAUGCGGAGAAGUUCAGACAAGUAUUUGGAAAAAGUUUUUACACUGGAUUUUUUUUUGUUUUUGUUCGAGGUCUCCAAUGAAAUCAAAUAACAUUACAAAUUGACGACACUUGAGGACUUAUUCAAAUCUCAAACACAAUUGAUUUAGUGGCACCUUUUGCGUCGGCUUUUGUUUUGUUUUCAAACGCUAUUUUUAUGUUUUCUUCAAUUAAAACACUUGAGAAUAUUAAAGGAUUUAAUCACAAAG